AUGGGCAUUCUUUCCAGCAAAGGCAGAAGGCAAUCUACUACUCACACCAGUGAGAAUCCAGCUGAGCCUGACAGUCCGGAUAAUAUUUCAGGUAAUAAUAACUAUGUGGUGAUAGCAUUGUGUGACUACUCACCCAAUGGACACACCGAUCAAAAAAUCUGCAUGGGGGAGCGACUUAACAUUCUGUCAGAGGAGGGUGAUAUUUUGAGAGUGAGCUCCACAACAACAGGCUUUGAGAGCAUCAUACCCCGCAACAACAUUGCCAAAGUGUUCAACAGGUGGCAGUUUGUAGGCAUCAGUCGGAAGAAGGCAGAAGAACUUCUGUUAAUGCCACAAAACUGGCCAGGGUCUUUCCUCAUCCGAGAAAGCCAGUCUUGCAAUGGCUCUUAUUCCUUGUCGGUUCUUCAAAGUUCUGGCACCACAUACUUUGUCAAGCACUAUCGAAUCAAUCGUCUCCUGAAUGGCUGGUUCUACAUCCUGCCCAGACUCACCUUCUCUUCCCUCAGCCAGCUGGUGGAGUACUACUCUGAAAGAGCUGAUGGCGCGUGCUGUUUGCUGAGGGAGCCUUGCUUUAUCUGGGGGAUAAACAGCGUCUCUCUCGACAUUGUACCUCGACCCAUCGCCAUCCGCAGGCCCACUCUCAACUGGAAGAACUUAAAAAGCUCAGUGAUUUUAAGAGAGAGUGAGAUGGACAAAGAGGAGUCUCUGGUCAGUGAAGGAUUACGUGAAACCAUGAACUCAUAUUUGUAUAUGACAGAGGCAUCAAGUUAUCAAGACAUCUACGACAAGCCUGAGGACUGA